CCCCGGAUGGAGCGGCGCCGCCAUCUUUACGCCAGCGCUACCGGCGGCUCUCUCUUCGGGUUUCCACUCAGCCGAGCGGCGGUGCUGUUGCUGAUUCACCACCAGGACUCUCGGAGCAGCCGAUACAUUUUUCCUCCCUUUCUCCACCGGGACGCCUGAGACGAGCCCCACUACCUGCGCGCCAUGGAAGAAAGAGAGAACUUAGUUUACCAGGCGAAGCUGGCCGAGCAGGCGGAGAGAUACGACGAAAUGGUGGAGUCGAUGAAGAAGGUGGCCAGCAUGGACGUGGAGCUGACGGUGGAGGAGAGGAACCUGCUCUCCGUAGCGUACAAGAACGUGAUCGGAGCCAGAAGAGCCUCGUGGAGGAUCAUCAGCAGCCUGGAACAGAAAGAAGAGAACAAAGGUGGCGAGGACAAACUAAAGAUGAUCCGUGAAUACAGGAAAGCGGUGGAGAAAGAGCUGAAAUCUAUUUGCAACGACAUCCUGGAUGUACUGGACAAACACCUCAUCUUAGCUGCAACCACGGGAGAAUCCAAGGUUUUCUACUACAAAAUGAAGGGAGAUUACCACAGGUACCUGGCAGAGUUCGCCACGGGCAACGACAGGAAGGAGGCCGCCGAGAACAGUUUGGUGGCUUACAAAGCGGCGAGCGACAUCGCUAUGAUCGAACUCCCUCCCACCCACCCCAUCCGCCUGGGACUGGCCCUCAACUUCUCCGUUUUCUAUUACGAAAUCCUCAACUCACCGGACCGCGCCUGCAGGUUGGCAAAGGAAGCUUUCGACAACGCUAUAGCAGAACUGGAUACUCUGAGCGAGGAAAGCUACAAGGACUCAACACUUAUCAUGCAGUUGCUACGUGACAACUUGACGCUAUGGACCUCAGACGUUCAGGGAGACGGUGAAGAACAGAACAAAGAAGCGCUGCAGGACGCGGAGGAUGAAGCCCAGCGAGAAUGAACAUCACCCUCCUCUUCCUCUCCUUACUUUACUGGUCCCAGCACUAACCCUAACCCCUCCCCACAUCUUUCCUUCAUUGUCCCACCUGUCCUCCUCGGUAUGCACGUCCUCUCUGCCCUCUGAGGACCGUCUCAGGUCCUGGUUUCUGCUCCUUCUCUCUCUUUUACGAUUUUUACUCCUGAAUCAUCUGUUGCCAAGUUCGCUCGCCUGUAUUUGUAACACACACAUGCAAGAGUUUAUUUAAAGAUAAAACUUGACUUUUUUUUCUUUGUAUGUGUGUUCAUGCUGAAACUCUUCAGUUGACACGUUUUAGUGGAUUUAAAAAGGGGUUGAGUUAAAAGCUUUUAGGAAGAACUAAGUGCCCUCUUUACUUCCUGGUUGUCAAAAUGUCCCUCCUCCUCCGAGCGUUGAUCUCUAACCUCGUCCAUCAUUGGACCACGUUUCUGAUUUUUGUUAAGUUCAGGCUUAAAGGACAAAAUGAGGAGUUUAACACUUUGAUUGUAACGUAGUUUAGCGUUGGCACGAUUAAAACCAGUUUCGGGGGAAAUGUGAGGGCAUGCUGUAUCUCUACUCCCUCUGACUCUUCAGGUUUCUUCAUCUCAUCUCUCCUCCUCCUGUUUAGUUUGUGUAACGUGAGUCUGAUUUGUACAACUGGAUAUUCUCACCGGAGCUACAAGUACCAUCUGUAUUCUUUCUAAUACACAGCAUGGAAUUAACAUUAAACUUAAAAUUUAAAAAAUAAGAAAAAAAAAGUUAAACCUGA